UGCAACAUGCGCAGACAGAUACGGAGUCAGGUUUAACAUUAGGAUACUGUUACUAAACCUGCAAACGGACACACAAAGCAAUGAUAUAUUUCAACUGUGUUUUUAGAUAGCAUCGUGGAUAUUUCUUUAUGGAGGCGACAUAGUUCACCGAGGGCAGUCUGACCUCGGUGUUGUCGAAACAAGAUGAUUAAGAACUGGGGCGUUAUUGGUGGGAUAGCUGCUGCGAUUGCAGCUGGAGUAUAUGUUUUGUGGGGCCCAAUUACAGAGAGAAAGAAGAGAAAGAGAGGUAUGGUUCCUGGUCUGUUGAACUUGGGCAACACCUGCUUCCUGAACUCUUUGCUUCAAGGUUUGGCAGCGUGUCCGUCCUUCAUCAGGUGGCUGGAUAAGUUUUCAGGUUCACCUACAAUCCAGUCAUGCAAAGACAACCAACUGUCCAUGACGCUGCUACAGCUUCUCAAAGCUCUGUCCAGUGAUGAGCCUGGGGAGGAGGAUGUACUUGAUGCUGGAUGCCUCCUCGAUGUUCUCAGACUGUACCGGUGGCACAUCAGUUCAUUUGAAGAGCAGGAUGCACAUGAACUUUUUCAUGUCCUUACAUCUUCCCUGGAGGAGGAACGGGAUCGUCAACCUAAAGUCACUCACUUGUUUGACAUGCAGUCCCUCGAGAGUCUCCCUGAUCAAGAUGAGAAAACUAUGACCUGCAGAAGUCGAGCCCCGCUUCAUCCAAUACCAAGCCCUUGGAAGUUUCAGCAUCCUUUUCAUGGUCGUUUAACGAGCAACAUGUCAUGCAAGCGCUGCGAACAGCAAAGUCCGGUGCGGUAUGACUCAUUCGAGAGCCUCUCCCUGUCCAUACCUUUACCUCAGUGGGGUCGACCUAUCUCUCUAGAUCAGUGUCUUCAGCAUUUUAUCUCCUCAGAAACCAUCAAAGAAGUGGAGUGUGAAAACUGCACAAAGCUUCAACAAGUGACCACAGUAAACGGGCAAGUUCUGGAAAGUCAGAGGACAACAUUUGUUAAACAGCUUAAACUGGGAAAGCUCCCCCAGUGUCUCUGCAUCCAUUUACAAAGACUGACGUGGUCCAGUGAAGGAACCCCUAUCAAAAGACAGGAGCAUGUGCAGUUCACAGAGUAUCUAUCAAUGGACCGCUACAAACACAACGUUUCCACACAGAGAAAUCAGCGGACCAUGUGUGCUCCAAAGGUCAUGAAAGCAGAAAAUUCAGAAGAUGCCAUUGAAAAGCCCACUGCCAAUGGCACUGAUGCAGAGCAUCACAACAACAACAACAACCCUUUUUCUAAUGGAACCUGUUCAUCUUUAUUUCUUCACUCUCCUGCUGUGAACACACAGCUCGGCCUCACAUAUGACUACAGUUCUACAGAGUACCUUUUCCAGCUCACAGCUGUGCUGGUUCAUCACGGUGACAUGCACUCAGGACAUUUCGUCACAUACCGCCGCAGCCCUUCCUCACCCCGCAGCCCUUCACCCUUCAGCUCCCAGUGGCUGUGGGUGUCGGAUGACUCGGUGCGAAAAGCCAGCCUGCACGAGGUGCUGUCUUCCAACGCUUACAUGCUGUUUUACGAGAGAGUCCGAAGACUGAACCUCCCUUUGCGUUCAGAGGAGUAACCGGAAGCGUACGACCUCAAAGCCGGACGGACUUCUGGCUUUCCAGUCAAACUGUCACAGCUGUAUGUGCCAGUUACAACAUGAAUACCAUCAGGCGGAUUCUGACUUUGUGACAAUGAGGCCAGACAGGAAAGCCAUCCUAGAGUUAUUUUAGAGCUAAUUUUGCAUCAUGGAUCACAGCAAUAUGUUGAAGAUCAUUGUAUAAUGUUUAAUUCCAUGAGUGGACACUUGGCCUGCUGCUCUGAUUCAGAGUAGGACGCUCUUUAUCCCAAAGAUUAUGGACCUGCAGGAUUCUUAGUCAGAUAUCUUUCACACAUGUAACAGUUUCUGUCAUGUAACAUUUUAGCUUCUACAGGACAAAAAAAAAAACAGGAACACAUGACAAUGUAGUGGAUUCCAACUCUGCAAUACAUUGUUCAUGUGUGAAGUUUAUAGUGUUUCUGUUGUUGAGCCUGUCAGAGGUGUUGACUCAGCUCAACAGAAGUAGCUGAUUAGGACUUCAUGGAGAUGUUACUUGUUACGUAUUAUGAAAAGUCAAAUAGAUAAUUCCUUAACUCUGGUUCACUGUUGUCUAAUCUAAUCUAAUUUGCCUAAUCAUUCCCAGCAGUGUACGUUAACUGUAAUGGAAAUAAUGUUUCAAUUGAAUUUGAUAUUUUUCUAUGUUUCCAAUAAUCCUUAAACUGUCAUGAUUUGCAGAGCUGCACAGUUGAGGUUAAAGUGCCAUGUUGUCUUGAAGAGAUUUUUAACACGUUGAACCACGUCUGCUGCAACUGAUGUGAACAUACAAUAAGACCUCUUCUUAUUGUAGAAGAGAUGCUUCAGAGCCGCUUGGCAUGGUGACAGAUUAGUAAAGAUGUGCUCUCAGUUAAUAAAGCCAGGGUGUGACUGCAGGUUUUUUGAGCAAGUUAUCCUGAAUAUUUUUAACUCUGUAACUGAUGACUGCCAUUUCACUCUGACCAAACCAACUAAGUCAAAUUUUGAGAAAUGGCCUGGUGGAAAUCCCCUCGUUAAUGUUUGCGAUUUGCACUAAUGUAUAUUUAUGUGAGAUUGUGUGUAUUGUGUGCAAUCUGUUAAGGUGGUUGUUUUCAGAUAUUAAAAAUA